AUGGCCUCGAGGACGGUAGAUCCUGAGAAGAUAUCCCAUUGCAUUCAGAGAUUGAAUGAAGCAGGCGUCUCUAUUGGCAAUGCCGUCUACUCUCAGGCUAUCCGAAAAUUUGCUGAUAAUGGCCGGAAAGAUCUCAUCAAAUCUUUGAUCACGACAGAUCAGCACCCAGAUGCUUUCGAGGACCAUGAUUUGCAGCGUAAGCUGCUUAGCACUUUCAUCGAAAGAGGAGCUUGGGACGAGGUGCACAGGACCUUGGCAAUUUUGACAGUCUUCCACGAAGAUCCAGUCAGGGAACAAUGGAACAUUCUGGUACAAAAGCUUUCCUCUUUGCGGCACACCCGUAUGCUCUGCAAGAUUCUCGAUGACAUGGUGUCACAGAGCAUCUCAUUGACAGAAGGAUCUCUGAGUGCGCUUCAAGUCUACCAGCUUCGUUCAAGAUCUAAAGGAAACGCGCCUGCUGCCGGUGCCCUGGACUACGACGACACCACGUUGAUCGCAAACAUUUGGCGCGGCACGCUUGCCUCAGGCGGCCAAGUCGGGCCUGAGCGCUGGAUCGAGAUCUUUAAGCGCUACGGGAUGACGGAGCGCUUCGCUGAAGUCGCCAAACUCGCGCUCUGGCUGGCCGACUGGUACUCCCCGCACAGGUUCUCUACCAGCCCAGGGACCCUUCAGAAUUUGCUUCAACGUCAGCAAGAAGAUUCUGUACCAAUCCUCCAACGUGCCCUCGAGCCGACCAACCCACUUCAUCCUCUCCGUCAGAUUUUCACGAACCAGCAGCUCCGCGCAUUCAUUGCGUGGGGCGUACGUCGUGGUCUAGUCCUUCCGAGCCCGGCCAAUCCCGCCAAGAGCAAGAAGCCGCCGCACUACUGGGCGCAGGGACUCCGGCUUUGCCUGGCGCUUCGCGCACGCGGGGUGUACGUCAGUUCCAAGAUCGUAACGUGGGAGCUGUGUUUGCAAUUAAGCCAUCUCUUCGGACGUGGUCGGAGUGUUCGUGCCUACAAUCGCCGCUCUGCUGCGAAUGUCCGCUACUCCAUUCUGGAGAUGAUCCAGUUCGCGAACAACCUAUGGGUCAAGGCGGCUGGCAAGCCUUUGAUGGACCCAAGACAGUUGGUUAGAGGACUAACAGAUCACUUCGGACUCUGGUGGGCGAAAAGGCUGAGGUGGGAUAUACUGCAGCGGGUUCAGGCAGUGGAAAUUUGGAGAAUGAGAAAUUCAGCUUUGCUCAAGCCCAGGACACAAACGAAGGGCGUGCAUCGACAUCGGAGCUAG